CAGGAAUCUAACCCACAACCCUUGGGUCUGCAGGCCGACACUCUAACCACUGAGCAACCGGCCAGGACUGGAGACAAUGUACUUUAGCUCUGUCCCUUUAAGAUCCCAAGCUGGUCGCUAGGCUCCCAGGAUCCCCAGGGAGGGGGUCAGGUGCGUCACCUGCGCCCUGGGACCCUGCCUCCUGCUGCCCCGCCCAGAGCCAUUCUGCAGCACUCACUGUUCUCUGCGCCCAGCUCUGCUCACCUGCUGGUAUCUCGGACCCCCCUGAACAGCGACUGGCGUCUUCCAGAGCCAUGAGAGCCUUCGGCCCCAUCCUCUUCCUCGUCUUCCUCCUCCUCGCUGGGCGGGGUUCCGAGGCCGCACCUUCGGCCUCACCAGCUGCGGGAUCCUACUUCCCAAGGAUGGGCCUCCCCUCGGAACCCCUUCUUCCUGCUCCUGAAAAUGCCACUCUCCACCAGCCUCACCCGGAAACCCCUGGGAUGGCUUCUCCGGAGCCCCCCAAGGCCCCUCAUUCGGGUUCCCCUGAGUCCUCUUCCCAUAACUUCACUGACACCCCCAACGCUGACCUCCAAGAACCCCCACACCCAGAGUCUCCUGAGACCCCCCAACCUAACUCACUCAACACCUCAACAUCAGAAGCCCUGGAGACCCCCCAAAUUAACCCCUCCCAGAUGAUGCAUCCAGAACCUUCUGAGACCCCCUCGUCUAACCUGCCUGAAAUUCCACACCCAGAGUCUCCUGAGACCCCCAAACCUAACUCACUCAACACCUCAACAUCAGAAGCCCUGGAGACCCCCCAAAUUAACCCCUCCCAGAUGACACAUCCAGAACCUUCUGAGACACCGACCACUGACCUGCCUGAAAUUCCACACCCAAAAUCCCCUGAGACCCCCAAACCUAACUCACUCAACACCUCAAUAUCAGAAGCCCUGGAGACCCCCCAAAUUAACCCCUCCCAGAUGAUGCAUCCAGAACCUUCUGAGACCCCCACCACUGACCUGCCUGAAAUUCCACACCCGAAAUCCCCUGAGGCCCCCAAACCUAAUUCCUCCAAAACUUCACACCCAGAAUUUCCUGGGACCCUGAAUCCUGACCCUCCCCAAACUGCACACCAGGAAUUCCCAGGGAUCCCCAAACUUAACUCCACUGAAAUCUCACAGGCAGAGAGCCCUGAUCCUGACCCCACCAAAACCCUUCACCCCGAAACUCCAAAAAUCCAUGACCCCAACACCGCUGAGACCCCAAGCACUGAAUUCCUUCUGACCCUCCACCCCAACCCUACUGAUACCCCCCACCCAGAAUCCCAUGUAACCCACCACCCCGGCCCCACUGAAAUUCCCCAAUCAAAACUCCCCACAACCCACCACCAAGGUGCCACAGAGAUCGCCAGGGACUCUGCCCCUGAAACCUCCACCAGUCCUCACCCAGACACGCCCGCACCCUCCAGGGACCAGGCUACUGCCCUCCACGAGCUGCCCCUGAACCCCGAGCCAGAAACCCCUGCAGCCACCCAGCCCAACUCCCUUAAACUGCCCACCUCUGAUUUUCCUGGGACUGUUGAGCCCAAGGCCUCCCAGAGCUCUAGCCCUAAAGGGCCAGAUGCUGCUCUUUCCUCCUCCGGGAUAGCGGACCCCCCUGCUCCUCCAGGGCCCCCCAAUCAGCCGGCCCCUGCCACUCAGCGGGCCCCCCAGCGGCGCAGCCGAGGUGAGAGAGUCAACACUAUCAUCCUGGUGGAACGAGUGAAGGAGACCGGCGUGACCCUGGUGGGACGCCCCCGGGGCGGGGCGGGAGGGGCCCUGUGCCUCUUCUUCGCCGGGACCGGGCUGCUGAUCGGCAUUUUCCUGCUGCUGUGGUGUCUCUACCGCCGGGCGGCUCGACCGCGCCCCUCUGCUCCCAUAGUCCUGCACCUGGACACUCCCAAGGAGCCGUACGAUCUCUACUUUUACGCGCCGGAUGCCUGGAUCCCUUCACACAUCGCCACCAAGCAGCCGCCGCCGACUCCUCCGCUGCCGCCCAAGCUGCCCCCGCCGCCCCGCGGGGGCCGCUCCCAGCGCCUGGAGCCGCUCUCCCCGGCCACACUCCGGGACAACUUCGUGUGAGCCCCUCCCGGCCCCUCCAGAGGAGCGCCAUCCUCAGGCAUCCUACCCUCCCGGCAUGCUUUGCUCGGUAGCGGUGCCCUCAGAUAGAGCCCACCGCAGAGAUGCCCUCGCCGAGGCCCAAUAAAUCACGCGAUCCCUCCCUCCCAGCCACCUGCUCUGGCCUGAUUCCGGGGGGAGGAGGGCCCUCGAACACCGGGUCUGCAGGAGGGGAGGGCUGGGGGCUGGGCCUCCCACGGCCACUGGCCCAAUGAGGAGGCCUGGGUGUGUCCACCAAAGCACUUUAUUGGGAGUGGGGCAGGGCAGGGUUUACAGUCACAGAGACAGACACACACAGAGGCACCCUGCCCCGGGGAAAACACCUCUCGCCCCAGCCCCCUUCCCUUUCCUGGGGUUCUGUGACUUCUCUUAUACGUGUUCCCCAAAUUCUAAGCCAAAAGAAAGGUGUCUGAGAGGGUAGCAUCCCCGAAUUUGAGUCAUUUAGCCCCUGAGGGACACGAGAAAUGGCCACUGAGAAAACGAGGGUGGUUUGCAACCACCCAGGAGAAUAAAGUGCAAGGAGCUGGGGGGGAGGGGGACAUGUUGAAACCACCGUGGGGAAGUUCAAUGGUGGUGGCUUCAAACCACGGAUGAACUUGAGCAGCCACUGUUUAACCCUGAAAACUGUGUCCGAAAAAGUGCAUAGGGGUGGAGUGAGGCGUACCGAUAGACCUGCGGUCUGGGUGGUGUCCCUAGACAUUGCGCUAAGCUAGGGAGAAGGUCUUGGGGAUUUGGUGUGUUCAGCAGAAUCUGCUGGUGGAGGGGAGGGAGGGGUGAAGAGAUUGGAGGGGGUCUUGAAACCACCAUUUUCCCUCAGAAACGCUGGUGAGAAUUGAUCUCUAAAAUAGUGGGGAUGGGUGAUUGGCUAAACCAACCUGAAAAAAAAAA